AUGCAGAGCCCCGAACGUGCACCACCUCUGCCUAAAAGAAAGGCGAAUAAACAUUUGCUUGAAAAAUCGUUGCUCGGUUCACAAAUCUACAACGGAGGUGGGGAGGGAGAGGGUAGAAGAAUCACUACAGAUCACAGGGGAGUUUACCAAGGGCAGGUGGGAGUGAGAGAAGGUGGUGGUGUGUGUGUGUGGGGGGGAGGGGACGGUGUGAGGAAGACGAGGAAGAUGCAGACUCUCCUUGGCUUUGUGCAUUGCUGCUGCUUCUUGCUCCUCCUGCCUCCGCCGCUCUGGGUCAGCCUGGCAGCGGCCAAGCAGCUCCUGAGGUACCGGCUGGCCGAGGAGGGACCUGCCGACAUCCGCAUCGGCAACGUGGCUUCCGACCUGGGAAUCGUGACGGGCUCCGGAGAGGUGACAUUCAGCCUGGAAUCGGGCUCUGACUACCUCAAGAUCGAUAACAUGACCGGGGAGCUGAGCACCACGGAGCGGCGCAUCGACCGCGAGAAGCUGCCGCAGUGCCAGAUGAUCUUCGACGAGAACGAGUGCUUCCUGGACUUCGAGGUGUCGGUCAUCGGCCCUCGCAGAGCUGGGUGGACCUAUUCGAGGGGCCGGGUCAUCAUCCUGGACAUCAACGACAACACCCCCACCUUCCCUUCCCCUGUCCUCACGCUUACCGUGGAGGAGAACCGGCCCGUGGGGACCCUCUACCUGCUCCCCACUGCCACCGACCGGGACUUCGGCCGCAACGGCAUCGAGCGCUACGAACUGCUGCAGGAGCCCGGCGGGGACGGCGGCCGCCGCGGCGGAGGUGGCGGUGGCGGCGGCGGGGGGGGCGGGGGAGGCUCGGCCUCGGCGGCCUCCGAUGGCGCCCCCUACCCCGGUGGCAGCAGGCGGCGGCAGGAGACGGAGUCGGCGGCCCGUAGUAGCGUCUUCGAGCUGCAGGUGGCCGACACCCUCGACGGGGAGAAGCAGCCGCAGCUGAUCGUCAAGGGCCCGCUGGAUCGGGAGCAGCGAGACUCUUACGAGCUCAGCCUCCGCGUGCGGGACGGCGGCGACCCGGCGCGGUCCUCACAGGCCAUCUUGAGGGUGCUCAUCACCGACGUGAAUGACAACAGCCCCCGCUUCGAGAAGAGCGUCUACGAGGCGGAUUUGGCAGAGAACAGCAGCCCUGGGACCCCCAUCCUGCAGCUGCGAGCCACCGACCUGGAUGUGGGGGUGAAUGGGCAGAUUGAGUACGUCUUUGGAGCAGCCACUGAGUCUGUCAGGCGCCUGCUGCGCCUGGAUGAGAACUCUGGAUGGCUUAGUGUCUUGCACCGCAUUGACAGGGAGGAGGUGAACCAGCUUCGCUUCACAGUCAUGGCCCGAGAUCGGGGCCAGCCCCCCAAGACAGACAAGGCCACAGUUGUGCUGAACAUCCGAGAUGAGAAUGACAACGUGCCCACCAUUGACAUACGGAAAAUUGGGCGCAUCCCUCUCCGGGAUGGGGUGGCUAGUGUGGCCGAGGAUGUACUGGUGGAUACCCCCAUUGCCUUGGUGCAGGUGUCAGACCGGGACCAAGGUGAAAAUGGUGUGGUGACAUGCACUGUGGUGGGCGAUGUGCCAUUCCAGCUCAAACCAGCCAGUGAGGGUGAAGGGGAGCCUCAGAACAAGCGCAAGUAUUUCCUCCACACCUCAGCCCCGCUGGACUACGAGGCUGUCCGUGACUACAACGUGGUGAUUGUGGCUGUGGACUCAGGCAGCCCUAGCUUGUCCAGCAACAAUUCCUUGUUGGUGAGGGUUGGGGACACUAAUGACAACCCUCCCAUGUUCAGCCAGGCCGUUCUAGAGGUCUCCUUCCCAGAGAACAACUUGCCUGGUGAGAGGGUGGCCACAGUAGUUGCCACAGAUGCUGACAGUGGUAAGAAUGCUGAGAUCACCUACUCCUUGGAGGCCUCACCCCUCUCCUCAGAGGCACCCGGUGGCAUCUUCAGCAUUGACCCCGAUUCUGGGGAUGUGUCAGUACUGGCUGUGCUGGACCGUGAGCAACGUGACACCUACGAGUUCCAGGUGACAGCCCGGGACAAGGGUGUGCCAUCACUACAGGGCUCCACCACAGUGGUGGUGCGGGUGGCGGAUCGCAAUGACAAUGAGCCACGCUUUAUGCAGGAUGUGUUCACUUUCUAUGUGAAGGAGAACCUGCAGCCUAACAGCCCUGUGGGCAUGGUGACCGUGAUGGACUUUGACAAGGGCCGCAAUGCUGAGCUCAGCCUCUCCAUCCAGCCCAGUGACCAUGACCAGGCAACUGGGAUCUUCUCCAUUGAGAAUGACACUGGAACUAUUUUCUCCACUGUGUCUUUUGACCGAGAGCAGCAAACCAGCUACACUUUUAAGGUGAAGGCAGUGGAUGGGGGUGAGCCCCCACGCUCUGCCACUGCCACUGUGUCCCUCUUUGUGAUGGAUGAGAAUGACAAUGCACCCACAGUCACCUUCCCCAGCAACAGCUCCUACACUGUGUUGCCACCCUCCAGCAACAUGCGCACUGUGGUGGCUACAGUGGUUGCCACUGACGCUGACACUGGUCUCAAUGCUGACCUCAACUACAGCAUAGUUGGGGGCAACCCCUUCAAACUUUUUGAGAUCGACCCAGCCAGUGGUGUGGUGUCACUGGUGGGCAAGCUGGCCCCCAAGCACUAUGGCCUUCACCGCCUUGUGGUGCAGGUGAAUGACAGUGGGCAGCCGCCCCAAUCCACCACGGCCCUGCUCCAUGUCUUUGUCAAUGAAAGCCUGUCCAAUGCCACUGUGGUGGAGAGCCAGGUGGCCCGCAGCCUCCACACACCCCUGGCCCAGGACAUUGCUGGUGAUCCCAGCUAUGAGCUAAGCAAGCAGCGGCUUAGCAUAGUCAUUGGUGUGGUAGCUGGCAUCAUGACAGUCAUCCUCCUCAUCCUGGUGGUGGUCAUGGCCCGCUACUGCCGCUCCAAGGGCAAACACGGCUAUGAGGCUGGCAAGAAGGACCAUGAGGAUUUCUUCACACCACAGCAGCACGACAAGGCCAAGAAGCCCAAGAAGGACAAGAAAGGAAAGAAGGGCAAGCAGCCCCUCUACAGCAGCAUCGUGACUGUGGAGGCUUCCAAGCCCAACGGGCAGCGCUAUGACAGCGUCAAUGAGAAGCUCUCAGACAGCCCUGGUAUGGGGCGGUACCGCUCAGUCAAUGGUGGCCCGGGCAGCCCCGACCUGGCCAGACACUACAAGUCGAGCUCACCGCUGCCCACAGUCCAGCUGCACCCACAGUCCCCCACCUCUGGCAAAAAGCACCAGGCCGUACAGGACCUGCCCCCAGCCAACACCUUCGUGGGUGCCGGUGACAACAUCUCCAUCGGGUCGGACCAUUGCUCCGAGUACAGCUGCCAGGCCAGCAGCAAGUACAGCAAGCAGGUGGAUACAGUGCAGACUACGCAGCACCCUGGCCACAUUGAGGAAUCAUGUAAAAUGAAUCCGUUUCGUAGAGUGACGUUUUCUGUUGUGAGUCAGCCUCAGGACCCACAUCAAGGGUCAUUGCAGAGUUGCUAUGACAGCGGUCUGGAGGAGUCAGAAACACCAAGCAGUAAGAGUUCAUCAGGGCCAAGACUGGGUGCCCUUCCACUCCCAGAGGACAACUACGAAAGGACUACGCCGGAUGGCAGUGUUGGUGAGGCAGAGCAUAUGGAAAAUGAUUCAAGGCCUCUACCAGAUGUAGCUCUGACAGGAAAGUGCACCCGAGAGUGUGAUGAAUACGGCCACUCAGACUCCUGCUGGAUGCCAGUGCGCACUUCUCCUGAACGAAAGAAGAGCCAGCCAAAACUCUCCACUUUCAUGCCUGUCGAUGAACGGGGCAGUCAAGAAAAGCUGGCCAAUGGAGAAGCCUCCCUCAUGGGUGAUCGCAACAGAAACCUCCUUAACAAAAAGUUGACCUCAUCCUAUGAGACCUUCAGCACGGCGAGUUUCAGCAAAAAUGAAGAAGGCAAUCCAGAGGAUAUCCCCCUUACACAGACAGGGGAAUACAAGCCAUCUCCUGUCAAUACUCUAACUAGAAGAGAAGUUUACCUGUAG